GAGUGAUUCUGGUGGAUUACGGGCCUGUUUGGAGGGAACAUCGUCGUUUCUCUCUGAUGACUCUGAGAAACUUCGGUCUGGGGAAGAAAUCCAUGGAAAAGAGAAUUCAUGAAGAGAUUCAGUUCACUGUUAAAUCACUAGAAAAGAUCAUCGGUAAAACUCUCAGUCCUCAGGUGAUGUUCCACAAUGCAGCCUCGAACAUCAUCUGUAAGUUUCUGUUUGGGACCCGUUAUGAGUACGAUGAUGAGACCAUCAAAAAGGUUGUUCAGUGGAUCACAGAGAUUACUAAAAUAGGCAACGGACCGUGGGCCAUGCUCAGUCUGGGCCUGACAAGUGUUCUGUCCCCCGGAUCAUUCCGGACACUGCAGCCGACAACACACCACUCCACCCCGGACAGAAGCGUCAACCCACCCCGGCUGCAGAGGUGUUCGGGCAGCCUGGUGUGAAAACCCCUCCUCUGCCACUGCAGUGAAGUUAGUUUCAAGUUGGAUAUUCGAGCUCCGCGGAGUAAGCAGCGUUUAGCUCAAGGUUGAUCCGAUUUAUGAAUGCUAAUGUCGGCCAGCGGUUCUCCACCACUCCCGGCCCAAGUGCCCGAAGGUUCACUUAGGGACUGUCAACAAAUUACCAAACACUCCUGUCAAACAAAUGCUAAUAAAUGCCUUGAACAGUAACCAACUAACUAAUUGUCAGUGCUAAUUCAUGCUUUCACAUGAGAUAAAAUAUAAUCUAUUAAAUUUUAAAGUCAUAUACAAUAUUUUCAAUAAUUUUAAUAUUAAAUAAUAUAAUGUUUUCUUCAAUAGCUUCCAAGUCAUGUGACCUGUUGACUCAGAAUCACUUUGAAAUAAUUCUACUAGUCCCUUUAGAUGAGGCACAGACAUUUGUUUUCAAUUUUAAGCCUUUUUCCAUUUUUAGGAUUUUUUUUUGUCAAAAUUGAGGUUUUUUUCUACAAUAGCUUCCAAGUCAUGUGACCUGUUGACUCAGAACCACUUUGAAAUAAUUCUACUGGUCUCUAUAGAUGAGGCACAGACAUUCGUUUUCCAUUUUGACUCAAAUUUUAUUUUUUAGGAUUUUUUUUGUCAAAAUUUAGUUUUUUUUCCUACAAUAGCUUCCAAGUCAUGUGACCUGUUGACUCAGAAUCACUUUGAAAUUGUUCUAGUAGUUUGCAUAGAUGAGGCAGAGACAUUUGUUUCCCAUUUAAAGUAACUAUUCAUUAAAAAAAAGUUUAUAUAGGAAAUGGAGGACUUUAAUUUUAUAGUUUCCAGCUGAUGUCACAUGUGCAUCUGCAGCCAGUUGAUCUUUUGUAGCAGGAUUUCCGGUUUAUAUGAUGUUCGAUACAGACUAAGGUGGAAAAAGGAAAGGUUUAUUCAUCUCUGGAACAGUAUAAAGGUAAACCAAAGGUAGAAUUGCAGCCUUAAGUAAUGUCUGCUCUGAAGGGUCAAACCACCUUUCAUUAAUUUAGAAUUUUAUGUCAUAUAAUCAAAUAAAUGCAUUUUAAAAAAUGCAAACACACAUAUUUCAAUUUGUUUCUUUUGAAUAUUUUAUGUAUUACUCUUAAGUUAUAAGCACCGUUAUGAAAUACCACAAACAACUCACCACCCACAUUUCCAUGGCCUCUCCUGUAAUUUAUAAAUAGUGCUUGGACAAACAGGGAAAAAGAAAAAGAAAA